UAUACGUUUACUUUCACUGAAAGAAAAGAUCUUUGGCAUUACAAGUUGGUGAGUGCGAAGGUGAAGAUCGUAUAUAUUGUGUGAACAGGAUAGAAAAUGUAUCCUGCAAUAAUUUUGCUCAUUUUGGCGAGUCCUUGUCUCGGAGAUGUUUCACAUAUUUUAUCAUCACAAUCUGAAUAUGUGGAAGCAACAACUCCACCACCAGCCCCAAGACCUUACAGUUUCGAAUAUACAGCAGGCCGUUUUCCAGGACAUGUCGAUAGAGCUCAAAAAGAAUAUGGAGACGGUGCCGGAACUAUUUAUGGGUCUUAUUCGUACUUGGAUCCCAAAUUGAAAGUUCGAACAGUAGAGUACAAAGCAGAUAAAAAUGGAUUCCAACCCUCGUUGAUAAAUUAUGAAGAUGUUCUUGCACCUCCUGAAGAUUCAGAAGCUGUGAGGCUUGCCAAGGAAAGACAUUAUGCUCUUUAUGCAAGAAUAGCGAAUAAUAAUGCUCGAGGAGUUCAGGCUAACCCUCCAUUGGAUUCGGUGAGUGUAGCAAGGGCAAAAGAUAGGCACCAUCAUCUAUAUCAAAAAAUUGCAGCAGAACAUGCGGCAAUAGCACAUCAAAGGGAAGGAGAAAGACUUGCUUAUGAAGCAACUUCAGUGCCAAAUGAUGUCAACGAAUCACAUAAUUAUUAGCUUCAUCAAAUUAUUUUUAUAUCAUUCUUCUGAUUAAUUUAUAAUAAUUUUUUAUUUUUAUAUCAGGAUUUUAUACAUAAAUUUUUAGUUUAAAUAGUAGAAUAU